GCACACUCAGUCAGCUGUGCUAAAGAUGAAGUGCAUACUAUUACUUUCCUUCGUGGCACUUUGCUAUUCAUUCCCCCAUGGGUACGACAAUACUUUUGGCAACCCCUCCGGAAGAAACAUUAACAUCAACGAAGAUGGCACCAUAGUCAUAACCGGAGCCAACGGUAAGAGGAUCACCAUCACCAAGGACAUAGGAACUAGUGGACAGAAGAAUGUCGACAUCUCCGUCAGCGGUCCUAACAUGCCUACGAAGAGGAUCCAAAUCAACGACCAAAACAAACUCAGCAUUACCGGUCAGGACGAAUACGGCAGCGAGAGCGACGAAUCUCUGAGGGACAAGAGAAGUUCAAAGGAUUCCAAGAAGCAGAGGAGCCAAGGCGACACUCUGACCAAGAUACUCGCCGCUUACCAAGGCGAUGUCGACCAGAUUUCCUACCAGCAACUCCUGAACGAGGUUAACGCUGCAGUUCAAGCUGGUCAGCUCAGUUCCUCUGUAUAUGAUAUCCUCCAGAACUUAAGCCAAGUUCAAGGACAAGUAGGCCAAGAAGGAUAUUGGGGCAGGCAGCAGGGUAUCAUUGGAACUCAGAGACAAGCCAGCGUACUUGACUUACUGCGUGAACAAGCCAUCGCACAGAAACUGCAACAGUUACAACAGGAACAACAAUACCAACAGCUUCUUCAGCAACAACAACAGUACCAACAAGGUGUACGUUCACCAAUUUACGUAACACAGGGUCCUCUUGGCCAGAGAUCCCAAGUUUUGGAUGUACCAGUAGGCACAAACCAGCAAAUCCUUGAAAGAGUGCAUCUGUGGGGUCCACAAGCUGCUUCCUACCAGAGGGGUUUGGAUGUCAUUGGACAACAAGGAAUUGGUGGAAUCAGAUACAUCUCCGGAACUGGACCUAGCGUUGGAAGAACACUUUGGCAACCAACCGUCAGGGAUCUGCUAUAUGGUCAGCAAGUUGGACCCAUCGGCCAGUCCAUCUCUGGUAAACUAUCAGAAGUUAUUGAGGAAGAAAGGGAAAUCCUGGAUCAACAACGCCAAAUCCAAAUGCAGCAGUUACAACAAGAACGCGAACAACAGCAGCUUCUCACGCAGCAGUUGAUGCAGCAGCAACAGCAGCAGGAGCAACAGCGUCAACAGCAGCUGUUGCAGCAGGUGCAGCAACAGCAGCUGCAGCAACAGGAAGAAUUGUGGGAGAUGCAGAAACAGCAACAGCAACAAACCAACUUGAGGGAUUAUCUCUUGAGUGGUGGCAGAACUAAUAUCCAAACUAGGGGCCAGCAAGGUCUUUGGCAACAGCAACCUAGUGUCUAUUCUCAAGAAGGGUUAUCUGGAGGUUACGGCCAGGGCAGUCCAAGGAUUCAGCGCUACAACGUUCCUUUGAUCCUUUGAGGGAAUAUAAUGAUGCAUCUAAGACUUGAACCUCUCAUGACGUUUCUAUGUUUUGUAUAAUAGUUCAGUAAUUAAUAAACAUUAGAAUUAGAAAGA